AGCAAGACCUGGCCGUAGCCCCACCCCCACCAUCCCCGAAUCGGCCUCUCUCCCCCGACAACUCGCAUAUAUACAUCGAGCCAGGGUAGUGGGUGUGUCGGAGGCAGAGUCCCCUCAACUCCAUCCCGGACAUCGAUGCUCACCUCGCGUUGAAAAAAUGCCCUCCCGCCUGGAAGAUUAUGAGCUGCUGGAGAGUAUCGGCUCCGGUUCUUACGGCAGAUGUCAGAAGAUCAGACGGAAGUCGGACGGAAAGGUUCUGGUCUGGAAAGAAAUGGACUAUGGAUCCAUGUCUGAGGCAGAGAAACAGAUGCUUGUCUCAGAGGUGAACUUACUUCGUGAACUUAGACAUCCAAAUAUUGUUCGAUAUUAUGAUCGUAUUAUUGACAGAACAAAUACAACAUUAUACAUAGUAAUGGAGUUCUGUGAAGGAGGUGAUUUGGCCAGCCUGAUUAACAAGUGUAUUCGAGAAAGGCGAUAUUUAGAGGAAGACUUUGCCCUGCGUGUCCUUGCUCAGACCGCUUUGGCCUUACGAGAAUGUCACAGACGAAGUGAAAGUGGUCGCACAGUGCUACACAGAGAUCUCAAACCAGCAAAUGUCUUUCUUGACGCGCAACAUAAUGUCAAAUUAGGUGAUUUUGGCUUGGCUAGAAUUUUGCAACAUGAUACUAGUUUUGCCAAAACAUUUGUUGGCACUCCAUACUACAUGUCUCCAGAACAAAUUAAUCACAUGUCCUAUAAUGAGAAAUCUGAUAUAUGGUCCUUAGGAUGUCUACUGUAUGAACUUUGUGCACUUUCCCCACCUUUCACUGCGUAUAAUCAGAAGGACUUAGCAGAAAAAAUAAGAGAGGGCAGGUUCAGACGAAUUCCUUAUCGCUAUUCUGAUGAACUAAAUGAUCUGCUUGGCAAGAUGUUAAACCUUAAGGAUUAUUUAAGGCCUUCUGUGGAUGAGCUAAUGCAGCAUACCUUGAUUGCUGAUUUGGUGGCUGAAGAGCAACGAAAAAUGUCAGCUGAAAGAAGAGGGAGAAGAUCUUUGGAGAAUGAACAUCUCCAGGACCGUGACCCAAUGGUGACUGAGCUGAAACUUAAAGAAGAACAGCUUCAGAACAGGGAGAAGGCCUUAAAAAAGAGAGAAGAGUUCCUUGAACAACGUGAGCAAGAACUUUGCAUUCGAGAGAGACUGGCAGAAGAAAGGUUUUCUAGGGCAGAGACCAUAUUAAAGAACUAUACCUUGAUGAAGGAAAAGCAAAUACUGAAGACAGCAGUUCUUCGAUUAGAUGAUUAUGUAGACACAGAAUCCUCUCCAGGGAAGAAGAAAGUUCAUUUUGCAGGAGAGAGUAAAGAAAACAUUCACUUCCAGGAAAGUGAUGCAACAAAGCGCCUAUGUAAACCAAAAAAUUUGGAUCUGAAGAAAAGAUUGCAAGCAGCUAAUCUCCGAGCCAGAGCAUUAUGUGAAUUGGAAAAAACUUACCAACUAAAGAGCCGACAACUUUUGGGCAUGCGCUGAUUUGUCUGUAAUGAACAUUUUUUAAAAAGAAAAUAUAUUUGAUAUAAUAGAAAAGCUGUGAUUUAUAGAAUGGUAGUCUAUCACAAAUUUGACUAUCUCUUACUGUGUGCGUCAGAUAUUCAAUUUAGUCUCAACUUUUGCUUCCAAACAUUCAAAAGAGCACCCUUUCUCUUCACAUCAUAAUUCACCUUGUUUUCUAACAUGCUGCUGCUCCAUUGAGGUACCCAACGCGGCAAAUCACACACCAUCUUUCCUAGUCCGAGUCAAAAAAGUGGCAGUGGAAAAAGCACAGCAGGUCAGACAGCAGCUGA